GUCAGGACAAUUAGGUUUUUCCAGUUAUGAUAUAUUACUGUCCCAGGUGUCAAAAAGUCUUUACAGAAUUUUAUCACUAGUUUUAUCGAGAUGGGGGGAUAACUUAUUUACUUAAAAACAUAAUAUCAGUAGAAGAAAUAUAUUUAACAUAAAGAAUUCAAUUUACAUUAUAUGUAAUUUCCUCUGUCAGCUGACUUGGUAGUCGGGGUGAUCUUGAUCUGCCAUUUUAUCCAACAAGAUGGAUCCGCGUCUUAGUGCCCAGGACGUACGUGGUACGGUGUGACCUUUGUAAGAAUAACGUUGUACAGAAUUAUUGUGACUACUGCCAUGUAAAACUAUGUAAGCUAUGUAUAGGAGAACACAUCUCAGAUGGAUAUGACAAACAUAAAAUUGUCCCAUUCCAGCAACGAAAAUCCACCCUGAUUUUUCCAAAUUGUAAGAAACAUUCCAAAGAAACAUGCAAACUGCAAUGCAUGUCAUGUAACAAUUCUAUUUGCGCCAAAUGCUCGAUAUUAAAAGAUUACAAAGAUCAUAAUGUAGUAGACUUAGAAGACAGCUACAAUUCGAAGAAAGAAAACAUUUAAUAAAAAAGAAACAGAAGAAAUAGAAACUGUAAUUUCUCCAACGUAUGAAGAAAUAAGAAAAGCAUUGGAGAGCCAGAUUGCCAGCUUAGAUGGAGAGUACGAAAAAAUUAACACAAUAGUGUCCAAACAAGGAGAGAAAUGGCAUAAAGAAAUUGAUAGAGCUAUCGAACAAAUGAAGAACGAAAUAAACGAGAUCAAAGUAAGCCAUCGGGACAUCUUGAUGAAGCAUUUAAAAGAGAUAAAACAGAUAGAGUCUAUGAUAAAUGAAAACUUAUCAACUUUGAAGGACCCACAGAGGGAAUCCAAUGUUGUGUCUACAGUAAUAGAAUACAGUUCAAGAAACAACGAAUUUGGUAAACUUCCUCCAAAAAUUCACGUGGAAGUGCCUACAUUUUGUCCGAGACCAGUGGAUAGAAUAGAAGCUAAAACAUUAAUUGGAUCCAUCAAUCCUCUAACAUCUGCCACAAUUGAAAAUGGCUACAUAAUGAAGAAACAAAGGAUGUCCUCCAGAGAACUGUUGGAUACACCAGUGGUCAUCAACACGUUUAACACAGGGUAUACCAAUCUCAGAAAUGUUUUCUUUCACAGCGAACAAGAAAUCUGGGCGUCUGCUGAAGAUAGCGAAAUAAAAUGCUUCAACAUUAAAGGUAACUCAAUCAAUGUAAUUAGAACAAAGUCUGGAGAAUGUCCUAAUGAUCUAGCAGUAACAACUGAAGGAUGUUUACUGUAUACUGACUGGAAAUUGAGCACUGUAAAUAAAGUAGUGAAUGGUCAGAUAGAAGAAAUAAUCACUCUACAGGGAUGGAUACCCCGUUUUUUAUGUGUCACGUCCUCCGGAGAUCUUCUGGUAAUGGUGUGUAAUGAUGACGAAACCCAUUGCAAAGUUAUUCGAUACUCAGGCUCAUUUGAGAAACAAACGAUUCAAUAUGAUAAGAACGGUAAACCUCUCUACUCAGGGGAUUAUAGAAUAAAAUACAUUGCCGAAAACAGAAACCUAGAUAUAUGCGUGGCUGACCGUGCAGCCGGUGCAGUGGUUGUUGUUAGUCAGGCCGGAAAACUCCGAUUCCGUUACACCGGUCAUCUAUCUAAAGAGAAUCCGUUUAUUCCUCGUGGAAUUACAACAAACAGUCAGAGUCAGAUCUUAACAGCAGUCGGCGACAGCCUCUGUAUCCAUAUUCUGGAUCAGGAUGGACAGUUCUUGCGUCAUAUUGAUAUUAUAAUGUUCGAUUAUCCUUCCAGUAUGUGCGUUGAUACACUUGACAACUUGUUUGUUGCCGAGUACAACACUGGAGAUAUCAAGGUCAUUAAAUAUCUAAAGUAAAAUAUAUUUUGUAAAUAGUUGGUAAUUGCUUUGACUUAUGCGGAAAAUAAACUGAAUGAAUGAUAAAGCUUCUGUCCGAAAGUUUUUGUCGGAUGAUCUACUUUUUUGGCUUUAUUAUGUAUGUUGUGUAAUAAAAUUAUUUAAAAACUUGAAAUACCUUUUAAUGUCCUUUGCUUUAUUUUCAGUCUGUUCUUAUUUUUCUAAGCAAAUAUGUUUCUUAUUUACUUAAGUUAUUUUAAGUGCAAGAGGUUUUACGUAUUAUAACUUUAUUUACGACAAUUCUGAAGGCAGACGACAACCAAAGAGUUAGUGUUCCAUUAGUGCAUAUAUAUUUCAAUAGAAAACAUUGGGCAUCCUUGUAAUCUAUCGACAUACCUCUACAAUGUGCGUCUGUCGCUGAUAUGAUAUAUAAGAACUUGGCAGGAUAAGUAUUAUCAGGUAAUACAACAUGUUCCUUAAAGACUAUGUGAAUCCGUAGUUGUAUCCUUUUAGUAGAUUCAAGUCAUUGAAUAGGACAUUAUCUUUAUCUUAGUUGAUUAAUAUAAUCUAAUGUGCGAGCUUGUAAAGCUUGUAGAGUAUUUGUUUGGUUAAUAUUCACAAAAUGAGCCAAACAUAGUUUCAAAGUUGAUAAAUUAGGUUGCUUGACUGUUAAUUAUAUUUUCAAACAGCAAACUGUAGGAAACGACGUAC